GAAGUAUCAUCUGUUAGUGACUCUAUAAGGUUCCUAACAGAUGAAGUCUCAUCUGGAUCAUCUGCUCCAGGUGCUGCAAUAGCAGGUGCUGUGAUUGGCUGCAUUAUUGUCAUUAUAGUAAUCAUCAUUGUCAUCUUUGUCUUGAGAAGGCGAAGAUCAAAACAAGUAGCAUUUGGUGGUGUUUAUGUAAAUCAAGGAGUCACAUUUUCAACUUUGAACAAAGAUGAAAGUAACUAUGCUGUUGUGACUAAUGGAAAUGCUCAGGCUCCAGUGAUUUCUAGUGAGAGUUUAUUAAUUACAUCAUAUGAAGGCACUACUGCUGUUCUUCCUUGUGAUGCUUGUGGAGAACCAACACCAGUCAUCAAAUGGUUGUUUAAUGGAAAACAUGUUCCUGGAACAGAUAAACGUCUUGUUGUUCUUGGGGAUAAAUCACUGCAGAUUAGUAACGUUCAAGCAUCAGAUAGUGGCAAGUAUAAAUGUGUAGCAACAAACAUAGCAGGUAGCGAUGAGCAGCUUGUAAAGCUGAUUGUACAAGCAACAAGGGACUCAGUUAAGACCUCUAAGGAUACUUCAGACAGUCGACAGUCUCAAUCUGGAGCACAUGCCAUCAGUAUUGACAAAUUUUCAGAGUAUGUUGCAGCUAUGCAUCAGGACAACAAUGCAGGAUUUACAGCUGAGUUUAAGACUAUCACAGAUGUGUCUCACGAUUUUCCAGCCGAAGAUGCUCUUGCCAACCAGUCUCUUAAUCGUUACAAGAACAUUUUAACAUAUGAUCAGUUUCGAGUAGUGUUGCCUACUGUUUCUGGUAUGACUAACUGUGAUGGAAACUACAUUGCGGCUGCUUAUGUUGAUGGUUAUCGAAUUUCUAAGAAGUACAUUGCAUCUCAAGGACCACAGCAGCAUACUGUUGCUGACACUUGGCGUAUGAUCUGGGCAGAGAACGUUCCAACGGUUGUUAUGCUUACUCACUUGGUUGAAAAGGCUAAGAUUAAGUGCCAUCAGUAUUGGCCCCAAAAGGUUGGCGACGUAGUGAACUAUUGUGGCCUUACAGUAAACUACUUGGAAACAGAUUCCUUUGCAGAUUAUGAAAUUCGAAAAUUUAACAUGACUGUGGGCGAAACAACUAAAACAGUUACACAGUAUCACUUUACUGCCUGGCCUGAUCAUGGUGUUCCUAAAUUUGCAACACCUUUGCUGAGUUUCAUCAGGAGACUCAACCAUGAGCAUCCAAACGAUCGAGGCCCAAUGGUGGUUCAUUGCAGUGCUGGGGUUGGACGAACUGGAACAUUUAUUGUUAUUGACACGAUGAUGGAAAAACUAGAAGAUAAUGAGCCUAUCGACAUUUACAGCUGUGUUGUAUCAUUGAGGACAAGACGUCAAGAUAUGGUUCAGACUGAGGGUCAGUAUUCUUUUAUUCAUGAUGCUAUUCUGGAAGCAUCAGUUUGUGGGCAAACUGGAAUUCUUGCUCACAAUCUGCGUACUGCUAUUGCCAAGUUGUCUAAGAAAGAUGUCAAGUUAGGAAAGACCGGCUUUGAAAAGCAAUUCAAUCUUCUGCAAACUACUGGACCUCAGCUUGUGAAACAACUCUGUAAAGCUGGCAGUCAACGUGCUGUAGUGAAGAAGAACAGAUACCAAGAUAUCAUUCCCUUGGAUGUGCAGAGAGUCAUUCUUCGUUUAGAAGAGGCGGAAGAAGACAGUACAUACGUUAACACUCAGCCUGGAACAGAUUACAUAAAUGCAAGCCAUUUGGAUGGUCAUCGACGUCGUAAUGCAUUUAUUAUCACACAAGGACCAUUGGAGAAUACUGUAACAGACUUUUGGAAGAUGAUGUGGGAGCAGAAUUCUGUUUCUGUUGUUAUGUUGUCAUGUCUUGAGGAAAAUGGACAGCAAAUGUCUCAUCAGUAUUGGCCUUCAUCUGGUAGUGCACAAUAUGGUCCCUACACUGUUCAGUUGGCUAGGGAACUACCACAGGGCAGUUAUAUCAUUCGUAAAAUGAAUCUGAGCAAGGCAUCCGAGUCAAAGAUUAUAACUCAAUUCCAAUACUUGGAGUGGCCAGAGAAUGAGACUCCCAAGUCGGCAGUUCAGCUUUUUGAUAUGAUAGAUCAAUUGCUGAAAUGGCAGCAAGGAACAGAAAAUAAAUCAAUAACUGUUCAUUGCAACAAUGGAGUCGGUCGAACUGGAACAUUCUGUGGCAUCUUCUCUCUUAUUGAGCAGUUGAAAGCAGAGGGCAUAGUUGAUGUCUUCCUGAAAAUCAGAUCAAUGCGUAUACAAUCUCCAAGAAUUGUGCAGAGUGUGCACCAAUAUCAGUUUGUGUAUGAGGCACUGCUUUCCUUUGUGGACUCAUUUGAAACAUAUGCUAACUUCAAGAAAACGUUGAGCAAGGUUGAGGCGAGUCAAUAUACAGUGGAGGCAACAGAAUACACUAAUGUUACAUUGUUGUGUGUUAUUGAAAUACCGACAAACUUGUCCAAAUCGAUUGUGUUUGAGUGGGUGACAGUAGUAGAUGGAAAUAAUAGCAAAGUAACAGCUGGUAGUCAAACCACAGAGUAUUACUCUAAUGGUACAAUCAAAGGUGCACUUACUUUCUCGCCUGCACUUCAAGCAUAUUCAGGAGAAUAUAGAUGCAUCGCUGGAAAUGCGAAUGGUAGUACUACGUCAAGCAAUAUCACUUUUCGAGUGAGAUACUCUCCUCUGCUGACAUCAACUCCGAUGAUGGCGUAUUUGAAAAAGAACGAAUCACAUAGUUUGAACUGCUCUGCAAAAAGCUAUCCUCCUGCAAAGUACACGUGGAAAAAAGUUGAUGAGGACCAAACCUCUGUUAUAAUUGUCCAAGACCAACUAGACGGAAAUUUGGUCUUGCAUAUUGUGGAUUAUGAGGAUUCUGGCAAUUAUACCUGUAUCGCACACAAUAGCGUAGGUUCAGGUACUUCUAGUGUUGCACAGGUUAUUGUUCAAGGCUCUCCAGAGGAUUGCAGUAGACCAAAUGUGGAAAGUUGUAUUCCUUUUGAAGUGAAUGGAACAUUGGGUGAUUGUUUUGAUGGUAAUUCGCCCAUCAUAUUUCAUGAGGUUCGACUUCAGAGGAAGGACGUACCUCAUGUUUCGUGGUCAUUUUUUGUCAAUGGAAGUGUGCAGACGUUUAGGUAUAGAUCCACUAAAUUCACACCGUACGCGAUAUAUACAUUUGGCAUUAACGCUGUCAAUAAGUUUGGGUCUGGUCCGUUAAUGAUGGGAACCGUACGUAUUGCUGCAUCAGAUGGUACUGAUUUAGAGCCUGGUCCUCCUCAAGACAUUGAUGUGGAUGAAGCAAGCAUAGGUGAAUCGUCAGUUAUAGUUCGUUGGAAACAGCCAAGCGAACCCAAUGGUCAAAUCAGUCGGUAUAUUGUAUACUAUUCCAGAGUGACAUAUGUAGAGAUGCUAUUUGUGAAUAUGGAAGAGCAAAGCGAGAUCAUAGAUCCUCCUCGUUUGUGGCAUAAUCUUACAAAUCUUACUCCGUUUACUAAAUAUCAAAUCCAAGUAGUAGCUGUCAAUGUGAGAGGAAGAGAUGGUGGUGAUUUAGUUGGCAUGCGGAGCAAUACUACUGUUAUACAGACUAAAGAAGGAGUUCCUUCGGCCCCAAUCAUGUUGAGAGUCACACCACUUCCACCAAGCAUUAUUCAUGUUUUCUGGGAGGCACCUGUUGCAAUGAAUGGUCGUUUGCGAAACUACAGUAUAAAGUACUUUGAACUUGGGAGUUCUAGCACUGUAAAUGAGACAGUAGUUGGUCCACGUUCUACAAGUUUUAUCAUACAAGGACUUGAAGAGAACAGCAACUAUUCGAUAAUGGUGGCUGCUAUUACAGUUCGUGAAGGACCACCUGCCACUGAAAUAGUAUUUCUUGGUGUUAAGAUACCGUUUCAUCCUUUGAAUGUGCACGUAUCUAAGUCAACUUCUACGUCCAUUACUGUUAUAUGGAACUCCACAGAAUUGUCAAAGAGCAGGAUUCUAAACUACAAGGUGUACUAUAGGAAAGCAACUAGUGAAGUAGUAAGUGUUGUUAUGGUUCCUCGAAGCAAAUUGUAUGUGGAUCUCACCAAUCUUUCGCCGUAUACUAAGUACAAAAUCAGUGUUACGGCAAUCAGCAAUGCCAAGGUUGACAAUGAGAGUGAUAGGGCAUCAACAAGAGGAAGUACAAAAAUAGCAGCUCCUGUCAUGCCAACGAUAAAUGGGACGACAAUUAGUCAUUUAACAAGCACAUCUGCUGUGUACCUGCUACCUACUGUGGUUGAUACAAAUGGACCUGUUAGCUAUGUUGAAGUCAUUGUUCACAUUGCAAGUAUUGGUGAGCCCUUACCAUCACGGAGCAUUUUGCCAUUUCCCUCUGACCUGUCAGCUUUCAGCGAUGGUGUCGUGUGGUAUAUUACUGCUCAUUUCAAUUACACUGACUACAAGUCUAGACAUUUUAAAGUUGGAGACAAUACAAAGUCAGCUGAUAUGCAUCGAAACAGAGCGUACAGCAACGUUCCUCUUGAUUCUAAUUUGAAGUAUUUUGUGUAUACACUGGUUGUCGCAUACAACGAGACAAAUGAAAUUGUUUAUACAUACAGUGAUGCUGCCGUUGUGCUGCCAGAUCGUGAAAUGAGCAAUUCUAGCAGUGAUGGUCUUUCUACUGUUGCUGUAAUAGUUGUUGUGCUCGUUGUUCUAGUUGGUGUCUUUUUACUACUGUUUCUUUUCAUCAUUAUUAUACCAAGGUCAGCUAAGUUGAUGAGUGGAGAGCUAUUGGUGCUAACUAUUUUUUCUAGAGCAAGAAAGAAACUAGGCAUUAGCAACAAGAUAAGAUCCCACGUGUUGUAUACCAAUAGCAGUGCUGUAAAUAGGCGUGGUUUUUUAGCAUCUGACAUGGAGGCACCAACCAUUUCAAACGAAGGGUUCAAUUUGGUUGUAACAGCAUUUGUCGGCACAACAGCUGUGUUGCCUUGUGAUGCAGCUGGCGUGCCAGAACCAACCAUUAGUUGGUUCUUUGGUGGUAAUCAGUUACAAGGUAACAACCAGAGAGUGACGCAUUUGAGGAUGGGAGCUCUACAAAUUGAAGACGUUCAGUUAACUGAUUCUGGCUUCUAUCAGUGCAGUGCUAGUAACAUACUUGGGCAGGACAGCCAAAAUGUUGAAUUUAUUGUGAAAACCAACGAGGUUGAUGAUUCACCCAAAAGUGUAGUUCGUAAUCGUAUGAGUACUGCACUGUAUGCAGUGAGUGUUGAUGAAUUCAGUGGAUAUGUAGACGACAUGCAUGCUGAUAACAAUGCAGGCUUUAGUGCUCAGUUUGAGCAAUUGCACCAAGUUAGAAGUGAAUUUCCUCUCACUUUGGCUUUUUGCAACUCAAAGAAGAAUCGUUAUGAGACUUGUUUGACAUAUGAUCAUGCUCGAGUUGUUUUACCGUUUCUUGAGGGAAUGAAAAAUUGUGAUUCUGAUUAUAUCAAUGCUGCAUACAUAGAUGGUUAUCGUAAAUCGAAGAAAUACAUUGCUUGUCAAGGAAAGACUAUGCCUAGUAUACUUAGAAAACAUACUUAUUGUGUACUUGUUAAUGUAGGCCCUACUCGUGACACACGUGCUGACAUGUGGCAUAUGGUGUGGGCAGAAAAUUCAUCGACUAUUGUUAUGCUGACUCGCCUCGUUGAGAACAAAAGGACAAAGUGUCACCAGUAUUGGCCAAAGGCAGUGAAACAAUCAAUAGACUGCAAUGGCAUUAUUGUGACGUUAAAGACCGAGAUGUCAUUUGCUGACUGUGUUUUGAGAACCAUCCAUCUCCAGCUGGGCACUGAGUCACGUGUUGUAAAGCAUUGUCAGUUUAUGUUGUGGCCAGGUCAUGGUGUUCCAGCACAUUCAGCAUCUUUACUUUAUUUCUGGAAGAGAAUUCAGAGAGAGCACUCUGCAGACGAAGGACCCAUUGUAUUGCACUGCAGUUCUGGAGUUGGUCGCACUGGAACGUUAAUCGUGAUUGACACAAUGCUAGAUCGUGCUGAAGAUGGUGAGCUUAUUGAUAUCUAUCAUUGUGUAGCAACUUUACGAACUCGACGUCAGAAUAUGGUGCAGACCGAGGCUCAGUAUGUGUUCAUCCAUGAUGUGCUAUCGGAAGCAUUUCUCAGUGGCAGCACAGAGAUAAAGAUUACAGAAUUUCAGGAAUAUGUCAGAAGCCUCCAGUCUGCAGACAGAGAGUCUGAGGAUGGAUUUAAACAACAGUUUGAGGUGCUACAUGCUGUUACUCCUGCAGUGCAGAGACACAACUGUCAAUUUGGAAGUGACCCAGCUGUCCAUGACAAGAAUCGAUAUCAAGAUAUCAUACCAUUGGAUGAUAGAAGAGUUGUUCUUCAGUUGGAGAGCAGUACUGAAGAGGAUGAUUCAUCUGAGAAUGCACUGGUUGGAUCAGACUACAUCAAUGCCAGUUUUGUGGAUAGCUAUCUCAAACGUGAUGCUUUCAUUGUCACUCAAGGUCCUCUUGUCUCAACUGUGGCUGACUUUUGGCAAAUGAUCUGGCAGCAAGACUGUCAGACUAUUGUCAUGUUAACUAAAUUAGAAGAAGGGGGCAUGGACAUGUGUUGUCAGUACUGGCCAUCUUCAGGAAGUGCUACACAUGGCUCUAUUAUGGUAACUAUGGAAGUUGAAAUGCCAGGUGUGGAGUACAGCAUUCGACGGAUUACAAUGUCCAAGGAUUCAGAGAAAAAGACGGUGACACAGUUUCAGUUCACGAGUUGGCAGGAAGGAAAAUCUCCGUCAAGAUCAACUCAGCUAUUAGAUCUUCUUAUUCAGGUGCAGAAGAUACAAAGAAAAACAGGCAACAGGACAUUGACAGUUCACUGCAAUAAUGGUAUUGGUCGAACUGGCACUUUCUGUGCGUUAUUGUCGCUCAUCGAGUCGUUACAAGUUGAAGGUGUCAUAGAUGUGUUCAGCAGAAUUAAAGUAUUGCGAACUCAGCAUCCUGGAAUAGUUCAGACUCUGGAGCAGUAUGUCUUUUGUCACACUGUUAUCAUGGAGUACUUGGACGGGUUUGGCCAUAUGCUGCAUUGAGUUAGGUAUAAUUGUUUAUCGAUCAUCUGGAACAACAGAUGAUUGUGAGGUGUACACAGGUGGUCUGAUCAGCUACACUGUACCACUGCUGUUGUCGUCUGCAUACCGCAAUUCUGUAAAUUUCGAUUUUGUUAUCUAGCUGCCAUUCAACAUUGCAGAUUGCUAGUAUUAGUGACUGCUCAUGCUUUGAUAAAAUUUGGUUUUGUAUGAAUGCUGGCUUUUCUUUUUAACAAAGCAAAUUAGUGUAUGUAGAGACCACAAUUUUUUAAAUGUGUAAACGCCUGUUAAUUAAUUGGCAUUCCAAUGAAAGAUGCCGAUUUUCAGAAAUUGCAUAGUACACUUUGUGUUUUUGAAGCUUGUAAACUUGAUAAGUACAUACAUGUAC